AUUACAGCGAAGAAGAAGAAGGAGCAAGGGGAGGAGGAGGAAGAAGAAAGUGAGGAAAGUAGGGAAAGGAGCAGCAGAAGAAGAAGUGGCUAAAAAAAAAACAACACGGACACUUGGCUGUCUGUUAACAAACAAGGUUACACAAUUAUCUGAGAGGUAUAUAUGACAUCUAGUUUGUUUGUAUACAUAAUGCAGAAUAAUGACAUAUUUUUUGAGCUCGGUCGGUGAUAAAACAUGUUUAAUUUUACUCGUAAACCUCACAGGAAGGAGGACAGUCGUUUAUGGCAGCGUUAGCGUGUUCAGCUAACUCCUGUUUCUGCUAACACCUAGCUGUUUGUUUGUUUGUUUGUUUGCUGGGGUUAAGCGUCAACAGCUGCUGUGAUUCCUUAUAACCUCGAUUUUAGCCUGUAUUUCACUGAAAUAUCACCAGGUAAACCAGGUAGAUGCGAGCCAGUGUUGGUCCCCGGAUCGUUGCUCUGUCUGCUUCCUCAUGCUAACUGUCAGUUAGCAUUAGCCGCCUUUAAAACACCUGGCCUAGCUUUUUUUUAGAGUUUAUUUAAUAACUAAAUACUAUGACUGUUUUUUCUAAUGUCUGUAUUCUCACUGUUAGUGGUUCUGUAAGCUUAGCUCUUGCAGCUCGUGUUUGUGUGCACCGUGUUCCUGAGCUAGCAAACAAAGCAAAUGUUUCUGGAUGUAAACAAAGGUGUCAGGGGGAGUCUAUGACCUUAUACAAUUUGUGCUUCUUACUGAGCAAUAUGAGGAGUUUUAAGGUGUUAAAAGAUUUGUUUAUAGUAAACGAUCUCUACUUUAUGACUGACAAAAGGUCCUGUUAGAUAUGGAGUUCUGGGAGUUUCCCUUUUAUUCUAGUCGACAUGGGAAUGGUUUUCCUGUCACUCCAUGCGUUCUGGCUUUGUCUGCUGCUCUUUACCACAUGUAUUUUGAAUAUAAUCGUUUAUAUGUAUUAACAUGCCUUAUAUUUUCUAUGAUCUGAUGUAGGGCUGGGCGAUAUGGGAAAAAGUUUAUCACGAUUUUUUGUGUGUGUCAGUCGAUAUCGAUAAAUACCACAAUAGGAAAAAAUAAAAUGUACAAGUGCUUAUUGGUAGCAUGUCUUUUGCAAUACAAUAAGCUACUGCAUCAGUGAGGUCUUUGUGUCUCUUCAACGUUUUGUCGAAAGACGUUGCGCUACAGAAAGCGGUCGAAUGGCCAUGGGCUCCUUGCUCAGCUUGGGGUUUGUAACCUUUUGCAUUGCACGUGCUCUGCCGUGUGGCACUGCUUCAGGUGAUGAAAAAGAUUUUAGGUAUUCCCCAACUUUGUGAGAGCAUGUACUUGACAUAAUUUGCAAUGCACAUUACUCUGCUUCAUGUCCGACCUCAAAAAACUAAAAUACCUCCACACCUUCGAUGUUCUUGUGCCAAUGUGGUUGAAGAUGUCGUGAUUUGUUAAACCUUCAUCUGCAAUUCUGCCGGUGGUAGCACUCAUUUUCUUUUUUUCUUACCAACAGUUAUGGUGUUAUGGUUGCGUAUGCUGCAGCCUGCUACUAUGCAGUUGUUUGCUACUUGGUUCAUCGCAAAGCGGACUCGGAGCAACUCCCCUUUUCAUUGGCUAUUCGUAUAUUCUACCAAAACAUGGCAGAAUGCAGACUAUCAAAAAGCAUAUUGACCAUGUUUUAUAUUGAUAUUGAGGGAAAUUAAUUUUUGAUAUAUAUCUUUUUAUCGCCCAGCCCUAAUCUGAUGCCUUUUUUUUCGAGAAAAAAAAAAGAUUUUUCACUACUAUGGUUCAGUGCAGUAAAAUAUAUUAAAAGAAGUGCUACUAUGGCGUCUGUAAUAAUAGAUAGAUUUUUAUCAAGACAGUGACUGUGCUCUAGGCUCUUAUCUUUCAGUUGAGAUCUUUUUAACUUUUGGACAUAGCUUGUAAGUUUUAAGAAAGAAUUUCAAAAAGAGUAAACUUUGUGUUUCUUUUUUAGGUUAUGACAUGAUGUGAGGAGUACAAAAAAACAUUUGACACUAAGGAACUGCUGCUGACAUGGUGAACUUGAGACUGACCCUCAGGAUCCCCCUCAGGAUUUUCUUCUUGAUGAGAAUCCGAUUUCGCAGCGUUUCAAACAAACGGCUGUAAGGAACAUGGAAAGAGAAGCAGCUCCGAAGGGGGUGGGUGGAGUGCCAGACGCUGAGGAGGAGAUCCCUGAUAGAGAUUCCAGCUCAGGGACACCGCCUGGUCAGUGGGAGGCCAGACGCACUGAAGAUGACCUCGAGCAGGAGGAUGAAACAGCCUAUCCCAAAUCUCAGGACACCUUAAAUCCAGCUGCUCCACAUGACUCUGGAAUUGGAGAGACAGAGUAUUAUGCAUCUACAGAGGCCAAAGAGGAUACUGAGGAGGCCUCAGAUGGGUUGGAUAAUGACAGUAGUGCAGAUCAUGAGAAUUUACAUGUAAUAAAUCAAGAAGAGGAUGAAGCUGCGAAGGAGCAGCACAUGAAUGGGGAGUCUGGCUGGCGGAAUGUGGGAUCUGGAAAGAAAUGCAAAUUUAGAAGCAGUGGAUUGCUUUCAGAGCAGAGCAACCAAAGUGCUUUCUCCUCAUUUCAAAGAGCCAAUGUUAUGUCAGGAGGAGGCCGACACAAGCAGACCCGCAGGCGCAAUCACCACCACCAUCAGCAGAACCGAGGCCGCAGGCGGACAGGAAACCAGCUCAUUUUGGCUUUCAAGGAGAUGCUGUCAGAGUCUGUGAGCUUCUGGUGCAUCUCCUGUGUCCACAUGAUGAUUGAGAUUAUUGUGACAUUAACGCACAACUGUGGCGUUGGUGUGGAGACAGGUGGUAUAAAACUGUACAACUUUGGGCAGCAGCUUGUAGGCAAGAUGACAGAUAUAGCAGGAAUGAAGGCAGAUGCUAGUCGCUUUGUGAGGUGGACAAAAAGCACAUCAUCAGACCUGGCAGAUAAAAUUGUGAACUCAGCAAAGUGGGUGAAGACAGCUGCCUUAUCUUGUAUGAGACUUUUCUGUGCUUUGGUUAUUCUCAGUUCCCAGUGGGCAAAGGGCGUGUUUAUCCGCUUUUCUGGGGAGAGGGGAAAGCGCUAUUGGACAUCUUUUCAGGAGUCAAGAUUUUGGAAGAGAGUGCUGUCUCUACUGCAGACAGUUCGCAGUAGGUUCAGGCGGGUUGGGCAUGCACCACCGUGCAGCCCUGAAUCACCCGGCAGAGCUGGGAGAGGACAGCCAGGCCAAGAACUGGAGAGACUGCUGGCUUUAGCUGAAGUACCCGAGGAUGAGCUUGACCCCUUUACAGUGCUGGGUGUGGAAGUAGAUGCCACUGAAGCUGAGCUGAAGAAAGCAUACAGACAGCUGGCUGUCCAGGUGUGUGAAGCUCCUUUGGCUGAGUAAUAAAUACCGCUAUUGAAUACCUCAAUUAAUGACUAAUGUACAAAAUGUGAAGCUCUUUUUUUUUCUUUUUUACUCAUGCAACCUUUUCCUCUGUCCUUUCUCUUUCAGGUGCAUCCAGACAAGAAUAAACACCCACGAGCUGGAGAGGCGUUCAAAGUACUGAGGGCUGCCUGGGAUAUUGUCAGUAACCCAGAGACACGACGAGAGUAUGAGCUGUGAGUAGGGAAAAAAAUGUGUUUUUUUUUAAGAUAUUUAAAUUGUACUUCAAAAGAAACCCGAAUUGCCUCACUAUGUUAUUUCCCCUGAUUAUAAUAAUUGAAGUGAUACUAAGUAUUUAUAGUCUGGAAAGUUUUUUUUUUAACUAACUCAGAGCUUAUUCUGUCAAAGUUGUGUUAAACUGUGUAACUGCACAGUGAUUUAGAGUUUGUUAAAUACUUUGGGCCUGUUCUGUCAGUGUUUUAUGAACCAGUCUGUUCCGUUCCCGCACAGGAAACGCAUGGCAGCAACCGAACUCUCGAGGUCCAUGAAUGAGUUUCUCACAAAACUGCAGGAUGACCUGAAGGAGGCCAUGAACACCAUGAUGUGCACCAAGUGUGAAGGCAAACACAAGUAUGUCUCCACCAAACCUUGUUUCAACAACUUGUUUGUUCACAGUUCAUGUUGUUCAUGUUCACAGACUGUAGUUUAACACACAGCUUAGUCACGUCCUGUUUAGUAGACUUUCAACACAGUCCUUUUUCCCUUCUUGUGUGUGUGUGUGUGUGUGUGUGUGUGUGUGUGUGUGUGUGUGUGUGUGCAGGCGGUUCGAGAUGGAUCGUGAACCUGCAGAGGCUCGUUUCUGUGCUGAAUGCAACCGUUGCCAUAGCGCUGAGGAGGGGGACCUGUGGGCGGAGUCCAGCAUGUUGGGUUUGCGUAUCACAUACUUUGCCUGUAUGGAUGGCAAAGUCUAUGAUAUAACAGGUUAAUAUCAUCAGAAUAUCCUUACAGAGUUUGUAUUUUUAAAUCCCUCCCUUUGUGAGUGUAAAAUAAGGUGAAAGGAAACUUAGUCACCUGUUGUGAUGCUUUUAUGUUGUAGAGUGGGCUGGCUGCCAAAGGAUAGGCAUCUCUCCUGACACACAUCGUGUGCCCUACCACAUCUCCUUUGGUUCUAAAAACAACAGCAACCCUACACGAAACAGGUAUGUCCCUUCAAGGGAAACAGGUUUUCAGGGAGACCAGAUGACGUCCUGUUGUCAUGCUUUUAGUUACAUUUGAAGUUCACAGUAUUUCGUCUUCCCUCUGUUGAAUGAGGACUUUAUCGUGAUGUGGAUUUAUCAAGAAACUAUUUAAUGGGAUAUUUCGGCAUAAAAUUAAGUUCUGGUCAAACACACCGUAACACCGAGUUAGACACCCCCUCGAGAGAUACAUGUUGCCGACCGCUUGCUGCUCUUGUUAUACCAACUUUAGUAACGUGGGUGCAAUAGCAAUACACAGCAGUCUAUGGAGCCACACACAAACCUCAACCAAAAAGCCACUCUAAGCCACAAAUAAUGCUCAGAACAGCAUCUAACUUCAUCAACAGUACAUAUAGGGUGAUUUCUUUCUUUUCAACAACAUAAGUGGUAGCAAAAUUUCUUAGGGUCCAAACAUGCACAUAACCUGACUUCCCUUGCAGGAAUGACAUGGUGUUAGUAAAACUGAAUACCUGCACAAUCACCAGUGAUUUAUUCCACUCAUGAAGUUCACACAUUAUCAUCUGUAAUGACAAAGAAACUGUCAUUUCACUUCAGACUCCAGUACCAAAGAUGUCUCAUCUUUCCAAUUCUAACUUUCAGGCCACCAUCAGAACCGGCCCCAGGUCCGACCAACCCUGCAGACCUGCAGGACUUCUUCAACCGCAUCUUCAAGGGAGCACCUCCUAAUGAUAUGUCUGCCAAUGGGGGCUUCUUUCCCUCAGGUCCACCUCAUCACCCCUCGCCUGGUGCCGGAGUGCCCCCAUUCACCCCUCCCCCAGGUCAGACAGGUUUCUUCAUGUCAGGGGGUCAGCGACCUGAGUCUGGUGAGACAUGGGCUGAAAGUGGAAAACCCCCAAGAAGGAGGAAGAAGGUCCGCAAACCCUUUCAGAGGUGAAGGGUGUGGACUUCUUAGUGUGUCAACAUCAUAACAAGAGGACACGAUGAAUAAAGGCCAUGUUUGUCUCUUGCCUGCUUGCUGGCAUGCUGACACCGGAACUGGAGAAGAAUCAUGUGGAUCGGGCUGCUAUCAGAUCAGUCUUAGCAGAGACGAUCCUGAAGAGGAGCCCGUGGACUGAAUACAAGUAUUGAAGAAGGGUUAAAGACAUAGAAGUCAUGGUGCUUUAUCUCUUGUUUCACCUUAUCUUUUGUUGGUCUUUAAGAUGACUGUAGCCUUGGCAUUGAAGUCCUUAUCAGGACGCUCUAAUGAAACUUUUCCUUUUAUAAUUUCCUGCCAAAUCCUCCAGUGCAUGUUCGAUUCACCUGCGUCUUCACACCUAGUUAUCUCAUUUUUUUUAAUGAUUUGUACGGGCUAAGUUUAAGGCUUUGGUUUCACAAUGAGUGAUGCUUGAAUAGAGGGUGAGAAUCUGUGUGACAGUGAGUUGUUGAUCACUGCACUUGACAUGAAGAAGAUAAACAUCCAUGCUGCUCCACUCUGUCAGUGUUACUCAUCUUUGUGGCAUGUGGGUGUAGAUGUGCACCUAGCCAAUAAUACUUCAACAAUGAAUCCAAAGCAGCUCUACCCAACACAUCUGAAAUACAUUUACAUAAGUGGUGCACUGCUGGUGUGAAUUUUCGGUUGUUUGUCUGCAAACAGUAAGUAAAGUUUACACACCUUGAAGUCACACGAGACUAACCUUGAGCAUUAGGGAUGCCCUAUAUAAAAAUCAUGAAAGAUUUUUGCUCCCAGUUGGUAUAAAGUUGAAAAAAAUGUAUAUUAAAAACACUAUCAUGUUAAAAAAAAAAGUACAGUUAAAGUUAUACUGUUGAAAGGUGGUGUUCAAGAUUCACCCGACUCCAAAACAGUAGACCAAAAUGUGAUUCCUUCUGAAGAGCCACAAAGACUCUGUACCUAAAGGAUGAAUUUGAUAAAUAAGCUUUUUUUUUUGUAUUGAGAUACAAACAUGCCAAAUUAGACAGCUGUUUAAUUCUUCUGAUUUUUGUUAUAAACUCAUCUAACUACAAGAAUACUGAGCCCCAGCUGAGCUGCUUUGAGAGAUUCGAAAAUCCAGAGGGUGACAAAAUGAAAAUCUGAAAUGUUUCUACUAUUUCUUCACCGAGGACUCAUAAUUUCAGUUUGAAUGCUUCGACUUGAUCAACACUUGAUGAUAAAGGGAAUACUACAGCACAGCAUACAACACUUUGCCAUUUGAGCCUUCUUCAAUAUCAGAUUUUGAGCUAACUUACAGAGGAAAGCAUCACCUCUAAUUUAACACACAAUGCUUUCAAUAUUUUUCAGUUGUUUUGUUUCAUUUGAUCCUCUCUGCCUUCACAGUCAACCUUAAGUAAGACAAGAUUAAAAACACAACAUAUGCAAUGUGUCUAUUUCAUAUAGUUGGUUUGCAAAGUAGUUCUACAUUUUACAAUAUUUUCAUCAGGGUCAAACUUAUUGAAGUGCCAUUUCAUGCAAUGUUCAAUGUUUUGGGGCAUUUGAAGCCAUAACUUGUAAAUCAGUAAAUAAUCAUCACUCACGUAGCUCAGGACAGUCAGCAAAAGUUAUCUACCGACCGACAAAAAUGGUUUCUAAAUAAACUGCUACAGCUGAGUGCACAGAGCCCACACCGUAAUUUUUGCCCCAUUUCAAAAUAACUUUUAUCCAAGAAAGUAUUUUUGUGUUCAAUACUUUCUUCUGCAAUUUCAAAAUGUGAAAAGGUCACAGGUUGACAGAAAAGUGUUUUUAAAUCUGCGCAGCCCACUUCCUUUCGGUGACUGCAGUAUUACUGUCCAUAACAACAUGAAGGUGUUAGGAAAAUGAUCACGGCUGUAUGUUCGGCUUUGUUUUCUUGAUUGGAUUCUGCGUAGGAGUAACACAUUAGUUUUUAUUUUAAGUUAAUUCAAGAAAACAGUUAUUGUUUACACCUGAUAUGUGAAGAUAGUGAGAGUAGAGUGAAAUGGCUCCUUUAUGUAACACAACUGAUAAAGGUUAUUUUUCUAUACUGCCAUUUCAUGAGAAAAGUUUUAUGUUCAUUGUUUUUUUGUGUUAAUUUGCACACACAGUUAGCUUGUGGUAACAUCACAGGGAUUUUGAAAUGUCGUCAGACUCCUUCGGCUGAAGCUGAGUAGGAGAGGUAGCUUGCUAAGCUAACAGCUCAUUUGCUAAUCCGGAUGUUUUCUUGUCUUUCAGUAGAAGCUGAAUGUUUGGUGAGUGACAAACCACACAAAAACUGCAUAACCAUGACACUCUGGUGAAAAGUGUAAGGACUGUUUCAUGGCAUUGUGAUGCUUAAUGUGAGUUUGUCUGGUAGCUUGAAACUUUGCUGCAAGUGUUGUGGUUUUUUUAUGCAGGAUAUUGAGUUUGCCAUGGUUCUUUUCAUGUGUCAAAUUGUUUAGUUUUUUUUUUUGUUCUUGUUCAUCCAGUUUCCCAGACACAGGUUGAGUAAUUGCUCACUAAAACAGCACCUCCUUUUAACUAAUUGGAAGUGUAAAAGAAAAAUCCUGGUAAAAAUAAAUCGGCAAAUUGUAAAAAAGUAGCAACAAAUGUAAAAGUAUGAGUGUUUUCAUAUUUGCAGAUUGGAUUCAGAUUGUAAAACGACAAUCAGAGAAAAAAAAAAGAUGUAAAUUCCUUCAAAUUUAGCCUGUCUGGAAAACUGGAUUCAUAGCUGUGACUGCGAUGUGCAGUUUUUUACACGUCCACCUUGACUUGAGAAUGUUCUGUGCUGUAUGUUAAAGGUAGCAGUCUGAGAGAUCAAUGAAAGAGACAACACACAAAGAUCUUUUUCUUUAAAGUUUUCCAACAGAAUAUGCAGAAGUAUUGCAAAAAAACAAACAAAAACAAAACAAAAAAAAAUGACAAUCAUCAGGGUUUUUUCUAGGGAAUCACACUGCGAGUUCCCUGGCUGGCAAAACAGUUUUAAAAAUCACUGUUGGGUUUCUUUCCCCGCUUUCUCUGAUUUUCAAAAUAAAGAUUAUUUACUAUAUGCA